AUGAAAUUAUUAAAUCAAUCAUCAGUAUUAUUUUCAACGAUACUUUUAAUUUUAAUAUUAUUAAUUUCAAUAAAAUUAUUGUAUUCGAUUUUGGAAUCAUAUUUACCAAAAGACAGUUUGACCUUGCCAAAAGAUCUAAAAGAUGUUAAGCACCUCUAUGAAGUGUUAAACAAUUGUGAAAGAAGUGUGAUGUUGAGUGUUUUAGGUGGAAGCUUAUGGGGAAGUUGGAAGGCUUUAGUGAUUGUUUGUUUUUGUUCAGCAACAGGAGCAACAAUUUGUUAUUUAUUAUCUUAUUACUUCGGUAAAAACAUUACUGAAAAAUAUUGGAAGGAACGUAUGAUUAAUUGGAAUCAGCAAUUAAAUGAGCAUAGAGAUAAUUUGUUUUCUUAUAUAUUAUUUUUGAGAGUAACUCCAUUUCUACCAAAUUGGUUCAUCAAUAUUGCAUCUCCUCAUUUAAAAGUUGAUGUUGGUAAAUUUUAUUGGGCAACAUUCCUUGGUGUCGCUCCACUUUCUUUUAUCCAUGUCCAGGCGGGAGAAACUAUACAUGAAAUGUCAGAAGCUGAGAACUUUACAUUUCUAACAAUUCAAAAUAUAACCACAAUCAUAUUAAUCAGCGUUACUGCAUUAAUACCAAUUGUGUUAAAAUCCAAUUGUAACGCUUUAUUAAUGGGUAAUGCUGCUUCAAAAAAACGAUUGUCGAACAUCAUAAGCGAUCAUGAAAAAGGAAAGGAUAAAAGAGAUAAUAAUGGACCUAAUUCCGUUUCUGCUACUUCCAAAGACAAUUUAAAUUCAAUUGGUUCGUCUCUUGCAAAUACACUCUCAUAUGGAAUUAGUAAUGAUAUGAUACAAAGACUUUUAAUGGUUGGAUAUUCAAAUAAAGUUUCCAAGUCUGUAUGCUUAAAAAAUGCAGAAAUACAAUCUAUUUGUCAAGCAGCACGUGAAGUAUUUUUAUCACAACCAACAUUGAUAGAACUUACUCCACCGGUAAAAAUAGUAGGUGAUGUUCAUGGUCAAUACUCUGAUCUUAUAAGAUUAUUUGACAUGUGUGGGUUUCCACCCAAUGCCAAUUAUUUGUUCUUGGGCGAUUAUGUUGAUCGUGGAAAUCAUGAAUGUGCAAAUGUUACCAGAGUAUAUGGAUUUUACGAUGAAUGUAAACGACGAUCAAACAUUAAAACAUGGAAGACGUUUGUAGAUGUAUUUAAUUGCCUUCCGAUUGCAGCCGUUGUAGCAAACAAAAUAUUUUGCGUGCAUGGAGGACUAUCGCCUGACCUAUCGUCGAUGGAUGAAAUACGAAGUAUUAGACGGCCAACAGAAAUACCGGAUUACGGUUUAUUGAAUGACCUACUUUGGUCAGAUCCUUCAGAAACAGCAAUUGAUUGGGAGGAUAAUGAACGUGGCGUCAGUUAUUGCUUCGGAAAAGCAAUAAUCCACGAUUUUCUAAAUCGACAUGAUUUUGAUUUGGUAUGUCGUGCUCACAUGGUUGUAGAAGAUGGUUAUGAAUUUUUCAACGAACGGACAUUGGUCACUGUAUUUUCAGCUCCUAAUUAUUGUGGAGAAUUUGAUAAUUUCGGGGCUGUGAUGAGCGUCAAUGAGGAAUUAUUGUGUAGUUUUGAAUUACUCAAACCACUUGAUGCCUCAAUGAUUAAACAGCAGCAAUCCAAAUCAAAACGAAGGCUAAGUACCAAUCUUGGACCUCAUAGUCCACCAGUUACUGGAGUUCCUCAAUCAGUAUGA